GGCUCUUGCUUGUCUGUCCAAGAAUGCUGCACAGCGCUCCUUAUCCGGUAGUUAUAUUCGCAUCGUUGUUUCUUUCUUCCCUACUGCCGCUGUGCGAGGGAGGCCUCACACGGUCAUUCUUGUAAGCCGAAAGUCGAUGGGGGGGAAGGCCGGAGGAGAGGAGCUGUGGAAUGUGGUGCGGUGCACUGACUGACGGUGGUUUCUCUGUGCUGUGCUGUGCCUUCCCCUCUGCAUGUGUGUGUGCCAUGUGUCUGUCAGUUCUACAGGCAUCGGGCUGCUGCUGUUUUUGUGGAUAUGGGGAGAUCUGCUGUGGUUUGCUUUCGUCCUGCUGGCGGGCUCAUACGUCAUCACACAGGCGCUGCAUCGGACCAAGUACUGCGGCCUGGUGGGGACGUCUUUCUCGUUCAUCUUGGCGAACCUGCUGCGAGUGGCGGCCCACCACAACUGGGCCAAGGUGACUCUAUCGGCUGACCUGUGCCUGUACAUGCUGGCGCUGCGGGUGUCGACGGUGGCCUGGCACGCGCAGGACCACAAGCAGGUGCCGCGCUUCCUCGACGUGGUCCACUUCAUCUUCUUUUUCCCCGGCAUGAGCACCGGCCCCAACUUGUCGUACGAGAGCGUCCAGAAGGCCCUCACCGACCCCAACACGCACAAGAGCAACCCGAUGCUCUUCAUCUGGCGGCGCGUCAAGGAGACCAUCUUCCAUUUGACGGCCUUCAUGCUCUUCAUGACCUUUGUGGAUGAGGCCAAGGAGGUCAUCAGCACGUCGGAGGAGUUCCAGCAGUGGCCCUUCCUGCAGCGAUUCGCCUACAUCCACUUCUUCUGCUUCAUGCGGCGGGCACAGAUCGGCUUCGUCUGGUUCAUUGCCGAGUGCACCUGCGCCUUAUCGGGGCUGGGCUAUCGGGAGGACGUCACUGACCGGUCGGGAGCCAAGAUCGACGAGGACGUGAUCAAGGCGUGGGACCCGGCACUUGAGCUGGCCACAUCGACCAAGCUCAAGGUGCGCAUGUGGAACUGUAGCGUGCAGACCUGGCUGGCCAUCAAUGUCUACAAGCGACUACCAAGCAAAAUGUAUGUAAGCAAGACAGACGAGGGAGGGAGCAUGGGAUAUAUGGGUCCUUGCAGUUAGUGCAGGAGGGCACGGGACGGUCGAGAUGCAAUCAAUCAAUGCAUUCAGUUAUUGUGUGUGCGGGGCGGGUGGGGUGUUUCUUUCAGGCCCAAGAUGGUCCGUCGUGUGGUGGCCCUGUCGGUGAGUGCCUUUUGGCACGGGGUGGAUCCCGGCCUGUACAUCUCGUUCGUCCUGUACCCGUUUUUCGAGCUGGCCGAGGGCACACUCACUGACCUCAAGUGGCCCGGAGAAGACAAUCCCACAAUCGCCCUCGUAUACAGAGCAGUACGUACGCGCCACAGGCAGGGCAGAAGAGACAGACAAAGAGAUGAAUCGAUCACCUCUGUCUGUCUGUAAACCAGGUGCGCAUAGUGAUAGCGACGCUGACGAUGGACUUCGCGUUGGUGCCCUUCCAGCUGCUCACCUUUGAGGCCUCCUGGCGCGCAUGGAAGGCGCUCCACUUCUACGGCUUCGGGGUGGCUGCCGUCUUUUUCGUGACGGGCAAGGCCAUCCGACGCAACAUCCGGCACCUCAAGAAGCGCAGGACCGCCGAGAUGCUGGAGGUGCCCCCGAGCAAGCUGAAGGCACAGGAGCCCGUGUUUCUCGCGCCUUCGGGCGGCCCGCCUCUGUCUGAGGAUCCCACUUUCAGCCCUGAGGUGCUGGAGGAUAGCGACGUGAACGGGUCCGGGUCAGCGAAGCAGCGGCGGAGGGGCAACAAAGACAUGUCUGACAAGGCCAACCGUGACAAGGGUGAUUGAUUGAAGAGACAGCUAGCAGGGCAGAGGGACAGACAGAUGAGUGAGAGAGUGGGGUCGUUGUUGUAGUUGUUGUGAGGGGAUGGAUAGAUAGAUAGGUAGAAGCGGUAGCUGUCUGUCUGUCUGUCUGUACAAUCGAGGGACGAGAUAGAUUGUUUCGAUUAUUGGUUCAUGUCAGUCAUGCCUGUGCAGACUAUCCAUGGCAGCCAUCUGUGCGGACCGGACUUCUCUGAUCGACUGUGAAAGUGUCACGAG